GCUACUCCCUUCCAGCUGCCACUGAAGAAAUGCUCCGUGGUGGGAAACGGUGGGAUCCUGAAAAAGAGCGGCUGCGGCAAACAAAUAGAUCAAGCAGAUUUUGUCAUGCGGUGCAACCUUCCUCCUCUGUCCAGUGAAUACAGCAAAGAUGUUGGAUCGAAAACCCAGCUGGUGACUGCAAAUCCCAGUAUAAUUCAGAAAAGGUUCCAGAAUCUGCUGUGGUCUCGAAAAGCCUUUGUGGACAGUGUGAAGGUGUAUAACCACAGCUACAUCUACAUGCCAGCCUUCUCGAUGAAGACAGGGACAGGACCCUCACUACGUGUCUAUUAUACCCUGAAGGACUUCGGUGCCAAGCAGGCGGUCCUUUUUGCCAACCCCAAUUUCCUGCGUGACAUUGGCAAGUUUUGGAAGAGCAAAGGUAUCCAUGCCAAACGGCUUUCCACGGGACUUUUCCUAGUCAGUGCUGCCCUUGGUCUGUGUGAAGAAGUAACAAUUUAUGGCUUCUGGCCGUUCUCGGUGGACCUGCACGGGAAGUUUAUUAGCCAUCAUUACUAUGACAACGUCUUGCCCGAUUCUGGAUUCCACGCUAUGCCAGAGGAAUUUCUACAGCUCUGGUUUCUUCAUAAAAGUGGUGUACUGAGAAUGCAGCUAGAACCAUGUGAGGACCCUUUAAUCCAGUCUUCUGCCUGAGGAUUGUAGGAGUUGGUUUGGGAGAUCCAAUAGUUUUUAAUUUCCAUGCUCUCCAACAGAGAGUUCUGUUUUCUGUUGAUUCUUUUUAAAGGGAAAAUAAUCAUGGAUCUGCAUGGACCAUAAAAAUGCUACUUGAAGGCCAAAUGGAAUAUGUCCUUAAUGUAUAGUGCUUUAUGGAACUGUGGUGGGGCGAAGUGAAUCUCUCCAUUGCAUCUGUU